GACGCCGCCUCUGCUGGUCACCAUCUGUACGCACGGCGGCGACAGGAGCUCCCGGAGUCGGCAGGGACGGGCAUCCCACCGCUAUUCUCCACCGGAAAGCCGACCAAAACACAGCCGCAGAGAGGGGGGCGAACAUCGGCGACUAUCCUCCGCGAAUGUUGCUGUCCAAACCCCGAUGGAUUAGUCUGAAUUCCCUGUGAGAUCAGAGAAUGGGCUGUGUCCAAUGUAAGGAUAAAGAAGCAGCGAAACUCACAGACGACCGGGAAACCAGCCUAUCGCACAACUCGGGGUACCGCUAUGGGUCUGACCCCACCCCGCAGCACUACCCCAGCUUCGGGGUCGCCUCCAUCCCCAAUUACAACAACUUUCAUGGCGGGCCAGCGCAGGGUGUGACGGUGUUCGGAGGCGUCCACACAUCCUCGCAAUCUGGGACUCUGCGAUCACGAGGAGGAACAGGGGUGACUCUGUUUGUGGCUCUCUAUGACUACGAGGCCCGGACCGAGGAUGACCUCAGCUUCAGAAAAGGGGAGAGGUUCCAGAUUCUCAACAGCACGGAGGGCGACUGGUGGGAAGCCCGCUCCCUCACGACAGGUGGGACUGGUUACAUUCCCAGCAAUUACGUGGCUCCAGUGGACUCCAUCCAAGCGGAAGACUGGUAUUUUGGCAAAUUAGGCCGCAAGGAUGCAGAGAGACAGCUUCUGUCCAAUGGCAACGCCAGAGGCACUUUCCUCAUCCGUGAAAGUGAAACAACCAAAGGCGCCUACUCCCUCUCCAUCCAGGACUGGGAUGACAUCAAGGGAGACCAUGUCAAACACUACAAGAUUCGUAAGCUCGACAGCGGCGGUUACUAUAUCACCACCAGGGCUCAGUUUGAGACUCUGCAGCAGCUGGUGCAGCACUACUCUGCGAGGGCAGCGGGGCUCUGCUGCCGCCUGAUCGUACCAUGUCACAAGGGCAUGCCUCGCCUGACCGACCUGUCCGUGAAAACCAAAGACGUGUGGGAGAUUCCACGCGAGUCGCUGCAGCUCAUCAAACGUCUGGGGAACGGCCAGUUUGGAGAAGUCUGGAUGGGUACGUGGAACGGCACCACCAAAGUGGCAGUCAAGACUCUGAAGCCCGGGACCAUGUCGCCAGAGUCCUUCCUGGAGGAGGCUCAGAUCAUGAAAAAGCUCCGACACGACAAGCUGGUCCAACUGUACGCGGUGGUUUCUGAAGAGCCCAUCUAUAUCGUCACAGAGUACAUGAGCAAAGGGAGUUUGCUGGACUUCCUCAAGGACGGAGAAGGACGAGGCCUCAAGCUGCCUAAUUUAGUCGACAUGGCUGCUCAGGUGGCAGCAGGAAUGGCGUACAUCGAAAGGAUGAACUACAUCCACAGAGACCUCCGCUCUGCCAACAUCCUGGUUGGCGACAGUCUGGUGUGUAAAAUUGCAGACUUCGGUCUGGCACGGCUCAUCGAGGACAACGAGUACACGGCCAGACAAGGUGCAAAAUUCCCCAUCAAGUGGACGGCACCGGAAGCGGCACUUUACGGGAAGUUCACCAUCAAGUCGGAUGUGUGGUCGUUUGGUAUCCUGUUGACUGAGCUGGUGACCAAAGGGAGAGUUCCCUACCCAGGCAUGAACAACCGUGAGGUCCUGGAGCAGGUGGAGCGGGGCUACAGGAUGCCGUGUCCUCAGGACUGUCCCACGUCCCUUCACGAGCUGAUGGUGCAGUGUUGGAAGAAAGACCCCGAGGAGAGGCCCACCUUCGAGUACCUGCAGGCCUUUUUGGAGGACUACUUUACUGCCACUGAGCCUCAGUACCAGCCAGGGGACAACCUCUGAGUGCCACUGCUCCCAUCUCAUGCCAUAGCGCUGGUGUCCACUUGAGGGAGCCAGGCGUCAUUUCUCCACUCUUCAUCGACUGACUAUUGACUUCCAGGAGUUUGAUGCAGACUAUCAAAGCCGAGGGCCAGAUGUGGAACACGACUGCCAUGGAUGAAGGAUGUGCAUCAUGUAUGUAGUGUAAAUAAAAUGGGCUCGUUUCUUUUUAUGUUACUUUUGAUAUUUUAAACUGUGUGAUUGUUUAAAAAAAAGAGUUAUUUCUGAGUGGCAAAGUGUAUAAACUGUGUGGGACUCACAGUUGGCAACAAAUAAUACUCGUCGGAACGAUCAUAAGUAGACUGACACUUGGCUGUCUGGAGGUCCACUGACUUUUAAAUAAAUAACAAUACUACUCCUCUUCUCAAGGAACUUAGAUGUACUUUAACACCCGUUCUUGCCUUUUCAUGUUUAAUAAUAAUGUAAGGGAAUGCCUUCAUGCUUUCUACAAUAUUGACUAAAUGCCUAAUGCAUCAUGAACUUUCCAUUUGCGCUCUAAAGAAGCGCAUCCAUCUGUGCUUCAGCCAAUGAUUUUAAGAUCUGCUCGUACGUCACUUUCUGUUCAUGUCCUCGUCACCUAUUGGCUGUAAUGAUCCGGCUGCCUGCCUCUUGUUUCUGUGAGAGGUUGUGUACGUCUGCUUCCUCUCCCACACAAUGCGUUUGUCCCUCGAUGGUCUAUGAAAUGAUGUAGUUCAUUUUCGACACCAAACAUUUUUCGGCCCAAUAUUCCAGCCAGUGUUGUAUGUUCAAGACUGCAUCUCUGUGUGUGGCUCCUCCAGGAAUGCCUGCAGCUCCUGUUGCUGAAUAUGCAUCUUUGUUUUGGUGAAAAGCUGCAUCUCCUCACAAUAUUCCACUCCUGUAUGUAUUUAUGUUGCUUCAAUGAGUUGGAAGUGGAAAGACGUCCACUUUGUUUACUUCCAUUCAGUAGAUGUAGGAAGAGUUUUUGUCUCUGUAUUAUAUUUUCUCUGUCUGUUACUUGUACACAACUGAUUUUCAAAUAAACAAUCUUGCCAUCAUCAAAAACAGAUUCGCCUCCCACCCACAGGUCAUGUGGUCAUCCGUCACCAAAGUUGCUAGAAAAAAAUAAAAUGAUAUCAAGAAGAAUAAAUGUAUAACAUGAAUUAACAACAGGAAUAAAUGUUGAUGGUAUUAUAAACGUCUGGAUUUUUUAAAAAUGC